UUUCGUUCUUCGAUUUCAUUUCUAUCUUUGUCUUUCUCUCUUUUCCCCGCAUUCUCUUACACUUUUGUUCCGACCCAUUUAGCCCUGCAACCAUGGACACCUUGCUUGCCGAUACGCGGCGGAAAGCUACAGACUAGCAAAACGUUUUCAUCUUCAAAUCCACAACUGCUACAUCUGUGCAAUACAGGCGUCCCAUUUCCGGGCAGCAGCGGCGCGACUAACCAACAAAACUCCACCAAAAGCCUAAACUCUUCGUACAUUUGGCGCGAGGCUAGUCCAAACAAUUUUAAUCUAUAUUCCAGCUCGGUUUCAUCAUUAAAUGCUGCAACAACAGGAAUAGCUGGGAGCGUGAAUGCCGGCGGUUAUCGCUAUUCACUUUCCGGUUCCUCCACCGCUGGUGCGGGUCCUUCUAGUCUGCCCAUCUAUGAACGCGCACUGUCAGAGGAACGCGCAACGCGCAAGUCGCUCAAUCGUUUGAAGAGCGGCUUCGGUUCGGGAUAUGACAAUAUUUUCAUGACACCACUCUUGCCGCGUAAAAAUAAACCAACACCAAAGCUGGUGAAAAAUAGCUACCAGACACACCAGCGUUCACAACCACCAGCGCCAGCGUCCGCGUCCUCGGCGCGCAAUCGCAGCGAUUCGGAGCGUCUCGACUCAACGCCACUGACAAUAACCGAGCAGGAGCCGUCAACACAGCGCCAGCCACCGAAACAACAGCAACAACGUCCACCAGCGCCAGGACUAUACGAUCGCCGCUUAAAUCGCUCAUUCGAAACAACGGUUUCGCACCGAUACGCCGGCUAUGGUGGCGGUUACAUGAUGUCGGGUUAUGGCCAAGCCACAGGUUACAAGAUGACGACACUGCGUCGCAGUACACCGCACUUGGCCGGCGGGGAAGAUGUUGUUGAUGACGCGCGUGAUAGCGACGACGCGGAGCAUGGACAUCACGGCUGUGGCGCCGCAUUGCUGGGCAAUGGGAGCAACAUUUCAAAUUGUAAGGCCGGUGGCGAUCACGGCACGGCUGGCAGCAGUGGAGAUGGCGAUAGUCAACGUCAAUCGGGUAGCUGGUGUUGCGGUAAUUUUGUGAUGAAACAAUGGCGCAAAAUGAAUAAUUAUUGAUUGUUAAGUGGCUGCAUUGUGGCGCUUCUGCACGCACGCUUGCGGCCAGCGUUUGAUACUAGUACUUUUGCACUUAAGCAGCAAAAUAAUAUAUCGCUGCUGCUAUUUCCUAAUUUAUCGCAUUGUGCGCGUUGCUUUUUUAGCGCUGUGUCGCAGUCAUUAGCUAUUUUAUUUUAUUUGAUGCCCAACGCUGCAGCCAAAUUAGCUAAAUAUUUAGUGAAUAAGUUAGACAUUGUACAUUAAUGUCUAUGUAAAUAUUAGUUAUAUUUAUACAAUUUGGUGACAGAGGCUCACGCAUGCGUGGAAAGAAAACAUAAAACUAUUUGUAUUGGUUUUUAAGAUACAAAGUUGACAGAGAAGACGAUAGUGUUUCAUAACUUAAAACGUGCAUACAUAUUUUUUUAUUUAAAUAAUAAUGACAACCAGUGUUUUCG